AUGACGACAUCAACAAGUGUGUUUCAAAUCACACCAUUCGAGAACUGUGAUGAAUGCAUAAGCAAGGUCAGAAGGGCAGUUCGUCAAAUUGGUGGUCUCAAAUUGAUUGGAAUGGACCCCGAGAAAGGUAUACUCAUCAUCUCAUCAAAGCGCCAUGAACCUGAAACAAUCAGGGCUGCACUUGAGCCAAAUUUUCAAAAUAAAUCUAUUAUUUUGUUACAAAAUAAGCAUUCGUCUGGAGUGAAUGUGAAUCGUGAUGAAGCUGGGCGUAGUACUGUUGAUUUUAGAGAUAUGACGGGAAUGUUGAUGACGUUACCUGAAGCUGGAAGAGUGCGAAGAGUGGAGUGCAGACAAGAUGUUUUGAGGGUCGACUACUAUGAGAAACCAUCGAUGAUCUCCAACGUUGCAGCAGCAGACGUUUCGGAUUUUGUACAAGUGUCAGUGCCACCAACGUCUACCAAGCCAUCGGCUCCACCGAUCUCUACGCCGUAUAAUGGGUAUCCUGUCAAUGGGUGGCCCUAUGCUGAUCACUAUACCACUCCUCAGAAAGAUGAUUAUCCAGAUUGCGCUUGCACCAUCAUGUGA